AUGUGGACAGCCCUCGUGCUCGUCUGGGUUUUCUGCACGUCCUCCUCUGAAAUCCAGGUGGCACCAGCUUCUUCAGGGAACCUAGUCCCGAACGAGAUGGCGAGCCAGUCAGUCAAGAAUAGCCCACCUGUGGGAACUACUACACGGGUUGGAAACAAGACGUCUGAAAAAAUAACCACAGUGAUGCCGCCUCCUAUCACACUAACCAAAGGGGCUCCAGUGGCCACCACCAACUCUACUGCAGUCACGACAGAGACAACAGACAAGGCAGCGGUGGGCGUGGCAACAACUAUGGCAGCUGUGACCGAAGUCCCGACCCCCAGUGCCUCCAUGGGGCCCGCAUUGUCCUUCCCCACGUCUGCCACGAGGACUCUUCCCGCUUUGGACACCAGGCACCCACCUCCCAGCACACCCCACGCACACGUGCCAGGGAGCAGCAAGUCGCCAGGAACAACAGUCGUGACGACGCAAGCCCCGAGUGGUAAGACAAUGGCCACGCCAAAUGCAAGCGGUCCAGUCAGCACACACAGUCCUUCCAAAGCCGUGACGGGCAACUCCACAGCAGACCUCAGACCCCCCACGAGCCCACAGACCCAGAACACAACUGCACAAGGUCCCACCCCCCGGGCGUCAACAGGUCAGCUUACGGCCACCACAGCAGAACCAGCCUCCACCCAGAACCUGGGGUCAGUGGGGACAGAAGCCAGGCCGGGUACUGCUCCAACUGGGCCAACACUCGGGGCCUCCAAACUACCGGCCACAGACGCAUGUCAGCUCAGCACCCAGGGCCUGGUGGUCACUGCUGAGCCCAUUGCCCCGUCCCUGAGCUUUCUCCUGACGGUGCUGCUCCUCGGUGUGAUCCUGUUCAUCACCGUCCUGAUUUUAUUUGCCCUGCAAGCCUAUGAGAGCUACAAGAAGAAGGACUACACACAGGUGGACUAUGUAAUCAACCGCAAGUAUGCCGACUCUGAAAUUUGA